AUGACAGAUCGUUUAACACAGUUACAACUAUGCCUUGACCAAUUACUAGAUAUUAUGUUUUCUGCCAUUUCCUACGUCGAUCAAAAUCACGAUGUGAUACCGGCAAAUAUCAAUGAGCCUAAAGCUAUAGAUCCUACCUACAAUCCACCGAGUGAAUUUGAGUUUCAAGCAAGUCAAAAUGAGUUAGCUGUGGAUAUUAUUUUGAAGACAAGACAGAUAUUGAAAAUAAUUGAUACACUGCCUGGCGUAGGUGUUACUAAAAAUGAACAGCUCCUUUCAAUAAGGAAUUUGAGGAUUGAGCUUGAACAAGCUGAAAAAGAAAAAGCCGACGCUGUAGAAAGAAAAGACAAACUAUUGGGAUUUGUUAACCAAUUAAUACUACAGGUAAGUGGCGCUAUUGCAGAAAGUCGAUGA